AUGACUUUCCGAAACCAAGAGUGGAUCAAUGCCUCCGAACUCCCUCCUUUCGUCCGUGAUGAGCUGUUAGGACCCGCGACGUCUGUGACCGAGCGUUACUACCGCACCGCGAAGGGCGGAUUUCUGGACCCAGCAAAGGUGACAUUGGAAAAGCCAUUUGUCGUCGCUAUUGCGGGAUCUGGAAAGGGGAUCGGGGCCGACAUUGCCCUCUCGUAUGCGAGUGCGGGUGCGACGGGAAUCUUACUCAGUUCACGCACUGAGAAGGACUUGCGCAAGGUGGCAGAGGAUAUCAACUCAAUCAAUCCCAGUUGCCAAGUUGAAUAUGAGGUGUGCGACGUGUCCCGCAAAGAAGAUGUCCAGCGGCUUGCCUCCCACUGCAAGAAAUCAUUCGGUCGACUCGAUGUUGCUGUUAUCAAUGCCGCAAUACUGUCUAAAUUUGUCAAUGACCCAGACGGAACCACACGACUCCCUCACGGAAUUCUAGAAGACACGCCGGAAGACCAUUUCAAUGUAUGGCAAACCAACUACAACGGAGCCUAUCUCACGGCUAAAACCCUACUUCCUCUGAUUCAAGAGACUACUGGUGGUGUAAAGGCCAUUGUCUUUGUUUCCUCGUUAGGGUCGUUGUAUCACAACACAGCAAUAUGUUCAGCAGCCUAUAACAUAAGCAAAUUCGCACUGAACCGUCUGGCGGAAUACGUCCACGAAGACUAUAAAGCCGAUGGUGUGGUAUCCUUUGCGCUUCACCCGGGUUGUAUUCAGGUCAACAAGGACUAUGAGAAAGAGUGGGAAGAUGUUCUCAUCGACGAUAUCAGUCUUCCAGGUGGAUUUUGUGUUUGGCUCACAAAAGCGAAACGUGACUGGCUCUCCGGACGAUUCAUCUCCUCCAACUGGGACGUCAACGAACUAGAGAGUCGAAAGGAUGGAAUUGUUGCAAAAGACUUAUUUAAAUUCACACUUACACUUUGA